UACAAAUGAACUAUUGUUUUGCAUCGAUAAUUGUAAUUUCACUUGGAUAUUCUCUUGCAUUCCGUCUUCAAGGUGUAGCAGUCAAAGGGAAAUUGGCAUGUGGAGAUAAGCCUUGGAAGAAUGCAAAAAUAAAGUUAUACGACAUUGAUACAAAUCAAGGUGAUGCAGAUGAUCUUCUCGAUGAGAAGUAUACUGAUAAAGACGGAGAAUUUCGAGUUGAUGGAACAACACGUGAACUGACACCAAUUGAUCCAGUUUUAUACAUUUAUCAUGAUUGUGAAGAUGGAAUUAAACCGUGCCAAAAGAAGAUAACCUUCUUGAUUCCAAAAAAAUUUAUUCACUUUGGGACUGCCACACAGUGGAUGGAUAUUGGAGAACUUAAUCUAGAAUUGACAUAUCCAGAACAAGAUAGAAGUUGUUAUCAUUAACUGCUUAUAUUUACAUUUAUUGAAUUUUAAUGAACAUUCCGACACAAA